GGCAGGGGCGGCGUUGCCGGGCUCUCCGGAAGGAGACGUGGCGGCGGUUGGGCCCCGGGCUGCCUGGGCGUCUUAGUAGUCCCGCCGCCUCCUCCUCCUCCUCCCCCUCCUCUCCUCUGCGGCGGAGGAGGCUGUGUCGGCGGCUGGAGGAAUCGGCGGCGGAGGAUGGAGGAAGGAGGCGGCGGCGCGCGGAGUCUGGUCCCAGGCGGACCGGUGUUACUGGUCCUCUGCGGCCUCCUAGAGGCGUCCGGCGGCGGCCGAGCGCUCCCCCAACUCAGCGAUGACAUCCCUUUCCGAGUCAACUGGCCCGGCACCGAGUUCUCUCUGCCUACAACUGGAGUUUUGUAUAAAGAAGAUAAUUAUGUCAUCAUGACAACUACACAUAAAGAAAAAUAUAAAUGCAUUCUUCCUCUUGUGACAGGUGGGGAUGAGGAAGAAGAAAAAGAUUAUAAAGGCCCUAAUCCAAGGGAUUUAUUGGAGCCACUAUUUAAACAAAGCAGUUGUUCCUACAGAAUUGAGUCUUACUGGACUUAUGAAGUAUGUCACGGAAAACAUAUUCGGCAGUACCAUGAAGAGAAAGAAAGUGGUCAGAAAGUAAAUAUUCACGAGUACUACCUUGGAAAUAUGUUGGCUAAGACCCUUCUGUCUGAAAAAGAACACGAAGCAGAAGAAAAGGAAAAAUCAAAAGAGAUUCCCACUAAAAAUAUCGAAGGUCAGAUGACACCCUACUAUCCUGUGGGAAUGGGAAAUGGUACACCUUGUAGUUUGAAACAGAACCGGCCCAGAUCAAGUACUGUGAUGUACAUAUGUCAUCCUGAAUCUAAGCAUGAAAUUCUGUCAGUAGCUGAAGUUACAACUUGUGAAUAUGAAGUUGUCAUUUUGACACCACUCUUGUGCAAUCAUCCUAAAUAUAGAUUCAGAGCAUCUCCAGUGAAUGACAUCUUUUGCCAGUCACUGCCAGGAUCGCCGUUUAAACCCCUCACCCUGAGACAGCUGGAACAGCAGGAAGAAAUUCUAAGGGUGCCUUUUAGGAGAAAUAAAGAGGACAAGGAUAGUGGGAAAACUGCUGUGGUUGUCGGGACGUGGAACCAAGACGAGCAUAUUGAGUGGGCUAAGAAGAACACUGCCAGAGCCUAUCACCUUCAAGACGACGGCACCCAGACAGUCAGGAUGGUGUCACAUUUUUACGGGAAUGGAGAUGUCUGUGAUAUAACUGACAAACCAAGACAGGUGACCGUAAAACUGAAGUGUAAAGAAUCAGAUUCUCCUCAUGCUGUUACUGUAUAUAUGCUAGAGCCUCACUCGUGUCAGUAUAUCCUUGGGGUUGAAUCUCCAGUGAUCUGUAAAAUCUUAGAUACCGCAGAUGAAAAUGGACUUCUUUCUCUCCCCAACUAAAGGAUAAUAAAGUUCAGGGAAAGAAAAGAUCAUUGAAAGUCUUAAUGAUUUCUGACCAUGUGUCUCAUUAUAGAGUUCUCAGCCAUUGGACCUCAUCUAAAGGAUCAUAUAAAAGGACUCCCAACCACUUUGUGAAUAUAUAUGUGUAUAGAAGAGGUUGUUGAUAAACUUCUAAGGCAGGCAUUUGUCUCACAUUUUUUAUUUUUAUUGUGUCUAAUCAACUGGUUGUGUUUUUCUUUGCUUGGAUAAUGUGAUUCCAAAGUAAGUCUCAUCCAAGCAGUUUAGAACCCAGCCUAAUGAAAUGCCAUAAUUGUUGUACCUAUUGAAAGUUUUUAAAUAAUAGAUUUAUUAUGUAAAGUAUAGGAUAUAUAACUAGUUAAUGAAGUAAAGAGAAUGAAGAAAGAAAUUGAUAGGAGGUUGUUUAAAUGGAAGACUAUGUAAAAUUGUUUUCUAGCAACUGAAAUUCUUUCAACAAAUUUUUAUUUUGCAGCUGCUCUCUACCAGGUAUUGAACUAAAAACUGGGUAUAAAGCAGAGCCUCACAUACAAGUUUUCUUCACCUAUGUUCUUCACCAAGAAGUUCAUGUUUGUAAUAGGUUGCCCCUCUCUCAGAACGUUUAUCUACUUCUCUCUCCUUGAUAUGAGUGUGUUUUCCUCAAAGUAUGUUCCUGGUGUACACAGUCAGUGAUUCUUCUCUCUUGACUUAGGAUGAUUUACUCUAACAACGUACUGUGCUGGCUAUCCUUUGUACUUGCCUACUGUGUGCUACAGAAUUUAGUUUGGGGCAGUUUUACAGCUCAAUAUUUAUUUUAAAGUGAAUAAAGUGUCCACAAGCAGUGUUGUCAUAUAGUCAAUGACAGAUUAGUUUCUUUAUUUUCUCCACCACCCUGUGGCACACAAAUUUAUCUUGUUGUAUUUUAGACAUACAUAACUAAAGAAGGACAGAAGACUGGCCAUAAAAUACUUUACUUUCCCUCCUUUUCAGUAGUUCUGGCCAAAGAUACUUUUGUUUGAGAAAAGGUUAAUACAAUUGGCUACUGGAGAGCUCUUUGUAGACUUUUGUAGGUAAGAGCACAUACAGAAAGAGCAUGCACUUUGAAUUCAGACCUAGGUCCAAGACUGUCUUUAACUUACGAGCUGUGUGAUCCUGGACAGAUCAGUAAACCUCUCUGGGCCUCAGGUCCUCCUGUAAAGGGACUGCUUGCUUCAUAAUGUGCUCGUAUCAAUGCAUUAAUUUCACUGUAUGUAGAAAGCCUGGCCCCAGUACUUGACAUCAGCUUUCUAAUAAGUGUUCAUUUAUGUUCUAAUAUUGUCCUUAUCUCCUAUUAACAUAAUAGGAUGAGACCAAAGCCAUUACAAUUCACUUAUUUAAUAAAUUAUAGAAUCUUAUUUAUUAUAUCAGUGAGCCGAGACAAAUACAGUUACUCUCACAUUUAUAUUAGAGGUAUACGAGGGGAGUUGGAAUUGUGAAAUGUUAGAGCCAGAAGACAUUUUGAGACUAUUUAAGCCAAAUGCUUUCUCUUGUAAGUGGGGAAAAAUAUCUAAAAAGCUGUAUUAGAAUAGUUCACCUGAGAAGAUCUUAAAAAUACAAGUCAUAAUUAUU